AUGAUUACCACAAUUAUAACACAAAUUAUUAACCCAUUAUUAUACAUCAUCCCCGUCUUACUAGCAGUUGCUUUCUUAACCCUUCUAGAACGAAAAGUACUAGGCUAUAUACAACACCGAAAAGGACCCAAUAUCGUAGGACCUUUUGGCUUACUACAACCAAUCGCAGAUGGAGUAAAACUAUUUAUUAAAGAACCAGUAAAACCAUCUACAUCUUCACCAAUCUUAUUUUUAGCUACCCCUAUAUUAGCACUCACACUUGCCCUUAUAUUAUGAGCCCCACUACCAAUACCCUAUCCUGUAAUUAAUGUUAAUUUGGGAAUACUCUUUAUCUUAGCAUUAUCAAGUCUAGCAGUUUACUCAAUCCUAGGAUCAGGAUGAGCAUCCAAUUCAAAAUAUGCAUUAAUCGGAGCAUUACGAGCCGUAGCACAAACCAUUUCAUAUGAGGUAAGCUUAGGAUUAAUCCUACUAGCACUAAUUAUCUUCACUGGUAAUUUUACACUACAAUCAUUUGGUGUCACACAAGAAAGCCUAUGAUUAAUCAUCCCAGCAUGACCUUUAGCAGCAAUAUGAUAUAUCUCCACACUAGCUGAAACAAACCGAGCACCAUUUGAUCUAACAGAAGGAGAAUCAGAACUUGUUUCGGGUUUUAAUGUUGAAUAUGCAGGAGGACCUUUCGCACUAUUCUUCCUUGCAGAAUACGCCAAUAUCUUACUUAUAAAUACCCUAUCAACUAUCCUUUUUCUAGGGACAUAUCAUAUCCCCUCAAUACCAGAACUAAUAACAGCAAACCUCAUACUAAAAGCAACCAUGUUAUCAGUAUUAUUUUUAUGAGUUCGAGCCUCCUACCCACGAUUUCGAUAUGAUCAACUAAUACACCUUAUUUGAAAAAAUUUCCUACCUUUAACCCUAGCUUUAAUUAUUUGACAUUUAUCAACACCUCUAGCAUUAGCCGGACUCCCACCACAUAUAUAA